CUUCCACAUUGCAGAAAUCGGAAUUAUCUCGAAGCCCAUCAUCCAAUAUCAGGUUUCCCAAUUCCCAUUCUAUAAAAGAGGCUGAUUCCUCUGUGGCAGAAGUGGUAGGAGCGGAGCCCAGAACAGCUGCCGAGACCUGGAGACUCAGGUACCAAGAGAUGUUUCUAGUUGAGAGCCUCGUUGUCCUUUGUGGGUUGCUGGCCCAGAGCUCGGCCCAGUUGGCAGGACUGCCCUUACCCCUGGGCCAGGGUCUGCCCUUGCCCCUGGACCAGGGUCUGCCCUUGCCCCUAGACCAGGGCCUGCCUUUGGCUGUGACCCCAGAUCUGCUUUCAAAUCCCACAGAUCAUCUUUCUGGAAGCUUCACAGAUGCUCUAAGUGGUGGCCUGCUGUCUGGGGGUCUGCUGGGCAUUUUGGAAAAUAUUCCACUCCUGGAUAUACUAAAGUCUGGAGGAGGCAAUACCAACGGCCUGGUUGGGGGCCUACUUGGAAAACUGACAUCAUCUAUCCCUCUCCUGAACAACAUUCUUGACAUAAAAAUCACCGAUCCCCAGCUGUUGGAACUUGGCCUUGUGCAGAGCCCUGAUGGUCAUCGUCUCUAUGUCACCAUCCCCCUAGGCCUGACACUCAAAUUGAAUACGCCCAUGGUUGGAAGUCUUUUGAAAUUGGCUGUGAAGCUGAACAUCACCGCAGAAGUCUUAGCCGUGAAAGACAAUCAGGGGAAGAUCCACCUGGUCCUCGGUGACUGCACCCACUCCCCUGGCAGCCUGCAAAUCACCUUGCUCAAUGGAGUCACUCCACUUCAAAGUGUCUUAGACAACCUCACAGGGAUAUUGACUAAAGUUCUUCCUGACCUGGUGCAAGGCAAGGUGUGUCCUCUGGUCAAUGGGAUUCUCAGCCAUUUGGAUGUCACCCUGGUGCAUGACAUUGCUGAAUUACUGAUCCAUGGAUUACAAUUUGUCAUCAAGGUCUAGGCUCCCCAGGAAGGGAGGAUUGGCCUUAAUGGAGCUGAGAAGAAUUGCAGCUGCUCAGCCUCUUGCCCAUCUUCCCAUGUCUCACAAAAGGAGGCCUGUGUCCUAGAAAAUGAUAUGCCUGCCUCUCCCCAAGGAACCUGAUCUCCUCCUUUCUCAUCAGGAAUGAUUAAUCCCGUUACCAUUACUAAAUAAAAUAGCUCUUCAUCUGCA